UUAGUUUUUGGGGCAAGCUACACAAAAAAUGUGUAAAAUUAUCCUCGGUUGAAUUAUACAAAAAUGUCAAAUUUAUUAGUGGCCAUUUCGUUAAUUUGAAUAUCGAAAAAUAGUCUUAUUUAUUUGAAUCGGCAGACAAACGUUGCAGUUUAGCAAAUGACUCCAAUCGCAAUAGGGCGUAUGCUAUAUAGGGGCGCACGCUUCAGCCGCAAGUUAAUAAACACAUCUCGAACGCUCACAUCGGGAUUAUGGCAAACCAUGAUCAAUAGUGUCAUGUUCAACACGCAGGCGGGCAUCAAAUGCACAGAGGAUAGAAGAGGGGCGAGUAGUAUACCCCAUUGGAGUACGAGUACGAGUAUUUAUAGCAGUUACAUUGCUCGCCCACAGCGGAUGUAUUUCGUUCAUCGUUAUUACUCGACAUGCGAGAAAACAUCGACGCAGAUAUUGUCAAAACUAUUUCCGCAAACAUCGAUGGAGUUGGAUGACGAGGAGAGUCGUGCGCGACGCAAGCGAGAGGAGGAGGAAGAACUGAAAGAAAUGGAGCGCGCCUGGCAGCGUAUGAAAAUUGGAUUCGCCUUUUUUGGCAUUGGAGGCGUACUCCUUUCAUUUUGGGCUAUCUACUUCUUUGGUAAGCCAACCGUCGAUGAGCAGGGCAACGAGAUGAUCGAUGAGUUUAGCGCACUGCCAACGAUGCAACAGUAUUUGGCACGCACGUUCAAGUCCUUUAAUCAUUUCCAACGGUUCAUCCAAGAGCCUUCGAGCCAGAAGCUACUGCCCGAUCCGCUCCAGGAGCCAUACGUACAGCCACCUUACACGCUGGUACUCGAGGUCAAAGAUCUGCUAAUCCAUCCGGAUUGGACCUAUCAAACGGGCUGGCGUUUCAAGAAGCGUCCCGGCGUCGAUGUCUUUCUACGCGAGUGCUCCAAAUAUUUCGAAAUCGUUGUGUACACCGCUGAGCAGGGAAUGACUGUGUUUCCACUGCUCGACGCCCUCGAUCCUCAUGGUUAUAUCAUGUAUCGUCUGGUGCGAGAUUCCACGCAUUUUGUUGGCGGGCAUCACGUCAAGAAUUUGGAUAAUUUGAAUCGUGAUCUCAAGCGUGUGGUCGUCGUUGAUUGGGACAAGAACUCGACGCAAAUGCAUCCGGGAAACACGUUCUCGAUUCCCCGUUGGUCGGGCAACGAUGAUGAUACCACUUUAUUCGAUCUGAUAUCAUUUCUGAGUGUGCUCGGCAGCAGCGAUGUGGACGAUGUGCGUGAAGUCCUGCAUUAUUACAAUCAAUUCCAGGAGCCGAUUGCACAGUUUCGUGAGAAUCAGCGCAAGUUAUCGGAGCAAAUGCAGGCGGAUGAGAUCGAGAAACUGAAUAAACCAAAGCCCAUGGUUAAGAACUGGUCGCGUGGUUUUAUGAAGCGUUGAGAACAAAAACACUUCACUCAAGGGGAAAAGCCUUUCACUCACUCUCUCUCUCCCUUUUUUUGUGGGGGCUUUUCGAAUUCUACUUUACGUUCCUGUUGCAUUGUUGUGACUUAACAAAUGAUUUCUGAAAGAUAUAUAUAUAUAUA